AUGAAGGGAGGUAAGAAUGAAGAUGAGGAUGAGGAUGAGGAUGAGGAUGAGGAUGAGGAUGAGGAUGAGGAUGAGGAUGAGGAUGAGGAUGAGGAUGAGGAUGAGGAUGAGGAUGAGGAUGAGGAUGAGGAUGAGGAUGAGGAUGAGGAUGAGGAUGAGGAUGAGGAUGAGGAUGAGGAUGAGGAUGAGGAUGAGGAUGAGGAUGAGGAUGAGGAUGAGGAUGAGGAUGAAGAGAGAUGGGAGAGGAGAGAGAGAGAAAGUGCUUGGGGGAGGGGAGAGGUCACGAGGGAAGACCACGUCCUGAGGCAAACAAAGUAA